ACUGGAGUGCUCUGCAAGCACCGUCUGCUUGUCCCCAGCCCCUCUCCUCCUGCCCCCGACUUUGCAUCCUGAGCUGCUUGAUCUGCCUUCCUGGACAUGGCAGGUUCCACGGCCAUCGCCACCGGCCUCCUGCUUCUGGCUCUCUGGGCUGAACUCCCCUUCCUGGCAGACUCUGUGAUCCUCCCCUCUUCCUGCUGCAUGUCCUUUAUUUCCAAGAAAAUUCCUGAGGACCGAAUUGCAAGCUACCAGCUGUCCAACGGGAGUGUCUGCCCCAGAGCAGGAGUGAUCUUUACCACCAAGAAGGGCCACAAGUUCUGUGGCGACCCCAAGCAGCCGUGGGUCCAGAGAUACAUGAAGAACCUGGACAUCAAGUGGCAGAAGCUCUUCUCCAGGCCCAGGGCGGUGAAGACCCCUUUCCGGAGACACCCUGUCAACGGCACCACCCUCUAACCCACCCACUCCCAACCCCACCCUCCAACCCGAGCCUGCACCUGAGCCUCCCUGGCAGGUGGCUUGGGCCCCCGGGAAGCCAGCAAUGAUAAGGGGAGAGCUGCUGCUAUUUUUCCUUUUCUCAACAUCCCUCCCAGGGUAGGUGUCUGCUCCCUGGCCCUCUGCCAUUUCUGGAAGGAGCCCUUUGUCCUUCUCCCUCCCGCUGUCCCCGAGCUGGAGCUGCUUCACCGCUGACUUCCAGGCUCCACCACAGCCGGGGUGCAGGAGGCCCAGCUUGCCCUACAGCUUCCAGCUGGCUCCUGAGGGCUGUCUGGUCUGUGGGGGAUCCUACAGGCUGUCGGGCAGGGGACUCAGGGAUGGCGGACAGUGACCUGUCAACAGUGCCAGCUCUCCAGCACGCUGGGAACGCUCCAAGCCCACGCCACAUCCAGUCCUCUGAGUGAACAGCAACCCUGAGUUGGCAAAUUACGAAAGUAGAGGACCCCUUAAUUGCACCUGCUGCCGGAUCUGGGCAUUUCCCUGCACAAUUCUCAUGGGCUAUGAGUAAUCAACUUUUCAGGAACUGAUGUUUUGUUUUGUUUUGUUUUGAAGAAAUGGAUUAUAGUGGGUUGGGGGUGAGCCUGGGGAGUUUUAUUUCUCUGUGAAGAUAUGAUUUUGAGAGGUUCUGCUUUGUGACAAGGCCUGCUCCCUGCAGCUUAGGGGACAGAGACCUGCCUCUAAGUUGGGCU